AUGUCUUUCCCCCUCAGCGUGACGAAGCCCACACCCGCCGAGGAUGGCCCGUUCAAUAUUCUCGGAAAGGGCAGCAACUUCAACAAUCGUGAACGACAAGCGCCCCCCAACUGCACGACCGACAACUCGCCUUUCCGCACAACUUCACCCUCCAGCGUCACCGCAACACCUCCACAACCACACAUCAUGUCUCACGAGUCGGUUUGGUAUUCGCGUCCUAGGACCUACGGCAAGGGCGCCCGCGAGUGCCGCGUCUGCACCCACCCUGCUGGUCUGAUCCGCAAGUACGGCCUUAACAUCUGCCGUCAGUGCUUCCGCGAGAAGUCCGCCGACAUUGGUUUCGUCAAGCACCGAUAG